UGACUGGCCGAGGGAGCAGCAAUCCCGGCGGCUCGGGUGCUGCGUCGUCCCAGCCGGGUGGCAAAGAGAGGAUGCGGAGUCCCGCGGCCGCCCACAGCGCCGCAGCGCCCGGCUCCGCAGCUGAAGCGCCCCGGCCACGCGGACCAGGUGGCUGCGCCGGGUUCCGCUAAGGACAGGCAGGGAUGAGUAGCUCUGUCAAAGAUGCACUGGACACCAGAGCAUGCUCAGCCCCUGAAUCAGUGGCCAGAGCAGCACCUCGAUGUCUCCUCUACCACUUCCUCACCUGCCCACAAAUCUGAUCUCUACCAUAGCAGUCGGCAGCGUUUCAACUAUGCCUGGGCCAAUGAUGACAUCUCUGCUCUGACUGCUUCCAACCUGCUGAAGAGGUAUGCGGAGAAGUACUCAGGAGUCCUCGACUCCCCUUAUGACCGGCCAUCAGCACUCAACACCUAUGGGGAUGGUGCCUUUGGAACCCUCAAUGGACAGAAGGGGGAGGUGGAGCCUUGGUCAAUGGCUCACAGCGCUGAAGGAGUUUACCCUCUGACCCCAAUGCAUGAUGGACUGUCCAGCUCUAAGGGGAUUGUUCCUCCUCCUGUCACACCGGGUAACGGUCUUGGUACCUCCCCUGUGGUUUCCACUAACCUGUCUGACGCCAUUUAUCCCAGUAACACUUGUGGGGGACCCACCACAUCUGGCAGCCUUGGGGCAUCUCAGGAGUAUCCGUCGGGCUACAGUGGAGCCUACCUGCCCUCAGGUUAUUGCAGCCAGCCCACUUCGGCACUUCCCCCUCCACACCCAUCUACCCACCUGCAUAGCUCUGGCCUCUUGCAGCCCAGCCAUCCUUCCACCACCCUUGUCCCUGGAUAUACUUCUUCAGGACCCAUGUACAAUUACGCUUCAGGGAGCUACCCAGCCCAGCCCAGUUAUGGUGCCAUCCACCCUCCCCAUCCUUCAGCUUCAUAUUUACCUUCAGGCAUUGCUGCCCCCACACCCAUUCCCCCUUCCUCUCGCCCUCCUGUGGUCCCUGGUUACAGUUAUCAGAGUCCUCUCUCUGUAGCACCCUUGAGUGGCGAAUCAGGGAGCUCUUUGAAAAGAAAAGCCUUUGAUAUCGCUGGCGGGGAGGAUGAUGGCGAAGGCAGGUAUCGCAAAUACAGCUAUGAGCAACCAAAGUCCCCAUAUCAGAUGUCCGACAAUGGUGAAUGUAGAGGGAAUGGAUUCAACCGGAGCUCAGAGGUGCCUUUCAAAGGUGGGAAAAGGCCAAGUGGAGCAGGAGUGGUGGCAACCACAGUGGCUUCUGAGGAGCCCAUUGGGAAGUUCAACAACCAGGCUAUGAAAGGAUUGGUCUCUCCAGCUUACAGUGUUAGUGAAGCCCCACUGAGGGCUAGUGAGAGCUUUGAGAAAUUCACUCCUCCGGCUGUGAAUGGGGAGCAUGAGGGAGACUCCUUUGCUCUAAGGAUGCAGCCCAAAACAACAGCAUUCAGUGGUGACAACAGCAACCAGCCAGUAGAAGAACAGCUGAAAACCAUGGACCCUUUCAUUCUGGAAUUGGUGAACAACAAAGUAAUUGACUGUGGCCCUCCGGUCCAGUGGACGGACAUUGCAGGACAAGUCUCUGUCAAAGCUGCCAUUGAAGAAGAGCUCGUGUGGCCCAUCCUGAGGCCUGGUGCAUAUACUGGUGCAAACCAACCACCCAGAACCAUCCUGCUCUUUGGGCCUCGUGGUGUAGGGAAGACCCUGCUGAGCAGGUGCAUUUCUACCCAGCUGGGAUCUACCCUGUUAAAGCUCAGUGGGACAGCCUUGGUCUCCAAGUGGAAAGCUGAGGCAGAGAAAAUCCUACAGACCACUUUCUUCAUAUCCAACUGUCGGCAGCCUGCUGUCAUUCUCCUCACCGAUGUGGAAUCUGUCUUAGAAGAUGCUGCCAUUUUGAAGUCCCAGUUGCUCACCUACCUGGACAAGCUUGCUACCUCCGCUGAGCAGAAUGUGGUUGUCAUAGCAACCACCACCAGGCCUGGUAAUCUGGAUGAAGCCACCCAAAGAAGGUUUGCCAAACGUUUUUACAUCUCCCCACCAGACAGCAUUGCGAGGCGGCAGAUUCUGCACCAUGCUUUAGCUCAGCAAAACUACUGUCUCAGCGAGAGGGAGAUGGCCUCCAUUGUCCAACUUACUGAAAGCUACUCAGGCAGUGAGCUCCUCCAGCUCUGUCAGCAGGCAGGGACCAACAAACUGCAUAGCCUGCCAGGCCAACUUCAACCCACCUCCUACAAGGAUUUUGAAAGUGUUUUCUGCAAGAUCCACCCUGCUGUCUCUCAGAAGGAGCUGGACCUGUAUGUGGAAUGGGAUAAAAUGUAUGGGUCUCACAAUUAGCGGGGAAGCUCCUGUUCCUCUUUCCAAAUAAUCUUUAAUCUGUUUGAGAGGAAGCCACUGGAAGCAUUGAAUUCUCAGUUUGCUCUUUUAAGGUUUUGGGGCGCUGCGGGUUCCAGUUUCUGAAAGUCUCAUACCUCCUUCCGUAUGAAAAUGGGGGAAAGGGUGAGACAUAGUUUUCAUCUCAUUUAAAAAAAAAAAAAAGCCACACCAAUUGGAUGCAAAUCCUCCCCUAUACUGACUGACAUGCAGCUUGUGUUUUUUUUUUUUUUAAUGAAUAUGUCUGAAAGUUUGUGUGGUGGUUGUCAGGUCUCUAUGUUAAUGAAAAGUAGUUGCUCAAUGAACUCAGGAUAAUCUAUUUAUUACUGAUCUGUUUUUCUAAUCAACCCUUUCCAGCCAGCAUUGUAAAAUAUUCUGCCAGGUAUUAUCCCUUUCCCAGCUCCUUUUUAAUGCUGCACACUUCAAACACUUCUGUCUGACUCUUCACAUUUCUAUUGCAGCUUCUCUCCAUCCUUUUACCCUGGAGAAACCCUUGAAAUAAUGUUCAGGUCUCAGGGAAGCCCUGCAUAAAAAAUAGCAAAAAAUUUUUUUACAAAUACCUCACAGUUCAAUUCCCUUCUAACCUACACCAUCCACAUUUUACAAUAUUUACAACAACAGCAAAAUGGCAGGCUGGCAGCUACAUUGUGGUGUAUAAAUAUUCCCACCACUGUCAGUGCUAGCAUUUGCCUGGCUCACAAAGUUCCCAAAAAACAAUAUUUGAUUUUUUUUCAAAUGAUGUCUGGCAGAAUCCAUUGGUUCUGUCAAACUCUGAUUAGGGAAGGCUGUCCUAUAGGUAACAACCUAUGGAUCAUUCACUUAAUAUUUCUCAACAGACUCAUUUUCAGAGGCAGAUCUUACCAUAAAGCAGAUGGCAUCAGUACGUUUUGAGAGAAGGGGGUUGGGGUUUUUUUUAAAUGUAGAUUAUUGAAUAAGCUAGGCUCUUUUUUAUUUUUCUAAUGUAUGUAGUAGUGGUUUUUUCCCUUUUUUUUUAACUACUCAGGAAAAAUAAUUUACCUCAAAAAAUAAAGAAUGUUUGCAUUUUUUUUAACUCAAGGAAAAUAAAAAUGAUUUGGAGGGAUUACAAAUGUGCUUUAUAAGAUGCACAGGAGGGGAAAAAAAGCAAGAAUAAACUUGAAGUUGUUACAAAGAUGAAAGUUGAAUGUAUUUCAGGGGCGUUUCACAAUAUAUAAUGCCAUAACUUUCUUCUUUUUGUUUAAAGAAAGCAUUUUUGCCAUAGCUAUUAGGUGAAGUAAUGUGUCUUCAAAGAAUAAGAAGUAUUAGUACUGAAGUUUCAAAGCCAUGGCUAGUACCACUUUUUAAAGGAAUCUUUCUAUUACAUUUCCAAAUUCCAAAUGGCCAAGUCGUGUUUCCUUUUCCCAUGCUUUUUAUAGGACCUCCUAUAGUAAGAUUUCUGUAAUCAAAGAAAAUGGCCAUUUGAGCUUCCCAAAGUAUUUUGAGGCGAAACAAAACAAAACAUGGAGCUGUGGUCCCUGUCAAGGUCCCAAAGGCCAUGGCAUCUUCCCCAACUUGGUUGCCCUCAAAUUCCUGGUUGAACCUUCCAGAAUUCUCCAGCCAACAUGGCCACUUCUGAGAAUUCUGAGAAACCUGGCCUGUAGGAUUCAAUGAGUGUCUGCAUGCAGAGAAGUUAGUAGAUAAAUAAAUGGUACCUUUUUAGGCUCUUCAUUCAAAGUUUGAGAAGCCUCUACUAAAUCUAAUCCUCUGAUCCAUCCCAGAGCAGGGGAGAGAUAUAUCAGCCAUGGAGCUGGAACAUUUAUUUCCAACCAUCCCUGCACAAUUUGUGUUUUUUUUUUCUUCCUCUUGCAUUUUUGUCCCCUGACCUGGGAAUCACAAUUCAAGAGGUAAAUCUAUGUAGAUUUGUGCUCUGUACUGUUCCAUUUAUAGGUGCGUGUGUAGGUAAAGGGAGGGCAUGUCUUAUAAAUGUUUGUGUAAGUGAAUGAUGUUUCCUUGCAUUUAUAAAAAUACGGUUGAAAAUGGAGUCAUGUGCACUUAGGAGAGACUUGUACCCUCUCAAGCAGGAGAUACACGGCAGGAGACUCUCAUGUGCUUACUUUGCAUUGUAUUUUUGUUGUUGCAAUAUGUUGCCAUUCUGAACAAUUCUAAUAGAGAGGUGUGUUUCUCAACUUCAGCAGCUUUAAGAUGUGUAAACUUCAACUUCCAGAAUUCCCCAACAAGCAUGCAACUGAAGGUGCAGAGGUUGAGAAGCACUGAGAUAGAACUUCUUGUUGAAUGUAUACAACCAGACUGAGUAUAAUAUGAGACCUCAAUCAAUACACAUGCAGAGUUAAGUCAUCUUUUGUUUCCUAUCUCUCCUCAAAAUCCUUCAAACUCCAAGGUUAAUUUUGGAGAAGAAACCGACAAUUCUUGCAUCUAAAUAUUCCCAUUUUGUAAAGGUUUACAAAAACACUUCUUGGGAAAUGGACAGAAAUUGAUCAGGAUUUCCAUGGCAGCCAGAUCCUUUCUAUGAUCCCUAGAAUUCUGCCUUCUCCUCAAGACUGCCUUGCCAAAAUGUGAUGGCAAACCAGCAAUUUAUUUUCCUUUCUCACAAAUAGAGAGUAAAAUACAGUAGAGUUGUUAAGUUCCAGAGAUACCACACCUGUUUAACCAGGACUGAAGUUCUCCAAAAGGAGGAGGCUUCACUCUCAUGUGAGAUACACUUCUUUUGCCAAAGUACUGGCUUAUAAACCGCAAUGCCUUAGAACAGUACCAAACUGGGCCUGGUGGCUCAGCAGACUAAAAGCAUUGUGAUUAACAUUCAGCUGUCUGCAAUUACUGUAAGUUCGACUCUCACCAGGCUCAAGGUUGACUCAGCCUUCCAUCCUUUCUAAGGUAGGUUAAAUGAGGACCCAGAUUGUGGGGGCAAUAAGCUGACUUUGUAUAAAUAUACAAAAGGAUGAAGGCUAUUGCUUAACGCAUUGUAAGCCGCCCUGAGUCUCCGGAGAAGGGCGGCAUAUAAAUCAAAUUAAAAAACAACAACAAAACAUUAUGGCUUAAUGCAAAUUCUGGUACCAGCAGGUGUCUUGUUUGGGAUACAUCAAUAUCUACUCUAUUUCAAAUAUAGCUAAACCAACCCAAAUCCAUGUGGACAGAACCAGAGAAAUGUAUUUGGAUAAGAAACGUUAGGGAGAUGAGUGACAUCUUUAAAUAUGAUCUUUUGAGAUACUUCCAUAUUCUACAGUUACAAGAAUAUCUCAGUAAUAAGGUCAAUGUAAUUUGCAUGAAAAACAUAGCAAUAAAGUAGGAGACAGAAUAAGCACUCACAUGUGCAUUUAGCAAUCAGUGACAGGCCCCUUUGCAAUAUCAUAUUGGUGACUUCACACCUCUUCAUUAUUCCUGCAAAUUAAUUAGCCAAAGUAAGUAAUAAUCCCAUAUGGUUUAGAAUGGCCUCUUUAUGACUCGUGGACUUCAACUUCCAGAAUUCCUAAGCCAGCCAUGCUGGCUCAGGAAUUCUAGGAGUUGAAGUCCACAGGUCAUAAAAGGGCCAUAAUUCCCCACCCUUUUAGUUUAGAAGAAGCCAGAAUUUCCGCUUAACAUCUCUAAAGACCAUCUCUUCUUUAAUCAAGAGAUGGACUCCUUUGCAAGUCUAGUCAUCAGAUUAGGAACUUAAAUUAUAUAAGGGAUCUAGAUUUUAUUAGCUGCUUAAGGAUUAUAGGUGAGAUGAUGCAGAGACAAAACCAAAGCAAAGAUUAACUACAUGAUUCCAUUUAGGAUUUUUUUCCCCUGUACAUUUUGAAAUGAAAACGAACAUUGCUGAAUUAAAAAGCUGGCUACUUAGUUGUGGCUCAAGCAGUCAAUUGCCAUUUACGUUUCUGCUAAACCAAAGCACUUAAUAUCAGAAAAACAGAGCUGUUCCAGAAAACUUCCCAAUUCAGGUGUGGAUUUAAUGGGUGCCUUUGGAUAAGUACAAUCUCCUAGCCUUAUUUUUCCCAUUUAGUAAUGGGAAAAAUCUGUCUCUCACAGACUUAAAGAGGAUUUCAUUAGGCACUUUGCAUACAACAAGUACUAUAUUUAAAAAAGACCAACCUAAAUACCUCUUCACCCAUUGAUCACUGAAUGGAACCAUUCAAUAAAAGUCCUCUCUAAAUGUUGAUUUAAGAGCUGAUGCUCGCCCUUCCAUCUAGGUCAGUCCUUGAUGCUAUAUAACUGGACAGUGUAAUCAUCUGCUUGGAAAAUAUUGCAUUUAGAAGGAUUUGCAUAACAGAAAAGCAAGGGUUAAACUUCCAGUCUUCCCAUUGGUUUUUUUUUUUCUUUCCAACUUUUAGCCUCUUGGCUCCUUCCCGUGAAAACCAAAAAUGUGGAAAAGAAAGAGGAUCACAAAAGUGAUCCUUGAUCAUUUUAUCAGGUGAAGAUCUUUCAUUAGGUCUAUGUGUAUUAAUAGUCUCUCGUACAGUUACUUAGCAUGCGUAGCUGUAAAACCCACAAAAAGAGCUUGUAUGAUAAAUUUAGGACAAUCAAGCCCAUGGUACACAUUCUGGUACAGCUAUGGGUCUUGUUGAUUCAUAGCCAUCUUUUGCCCUAUCUUCUCUUAAUGCCUAAUAAUAAAUGAAAGAAAUCAAUUGCCAUCAAUGUUAAAACCUGCUAUAGGUUAAAUAGUAAUGGGAGAUGGUUGAUUCUCUCAGCAAGAAAAUUCCAUUUGAUCAGUUAGCACUUUAUUUUGGAAUUAAUGGAACAUUAUUGUUUAUUUUUUUCUUAUAUUUAUAUUUUCCUGCCAUUAUUAUUUCUUUGUGAAAACCUAUCUCUCUUUUGCAUACGCUGUCUCUUUUUUAUUCAUUAUAAGGUCUGUUAAUUUUCCCUUUCUGAUUCACAUGCUCCUAUUUUUUAUUGUAUUCUCUCAAGAUCACUAGCAAUUUGUAAGUCGUUGUGAGCCUAGUGAUCGAUAAACAUUUGUAGGAAAUGUUCUGAUUCUUUUUCUGAGGAAGCAACCUGAGAUGUUGUAUUUCCCAAAAUUAGAGGUCAGCUGCACAUUCACUUGGCAGUCAUUUUUCCUGAACAUUUUUUAAAAGAAGGAUGGGAAGAACUAAGAAGCUAUUCUUCCUUCUGUCUGCUCCAGCAGACAGAACUACUUUCACAAGCUGAAUCAUAUAAGUGGAAUGGGGGGAAAAAACUGCCAGGAAACUAAAGGAAAUAGCUGGAAUGGAAGGUUUCUAGGGAAUAAUAAACUGGAAGAAGAGUUAAGUACUUCUGUUCUGUAGUUUUCUGCUACAAGUAAUCCUCAACUUACAAUCAUUCAUUUAGUGAAUAUUUGAAAUUACAGUCGCACUUACAACCACAUGGUCAUGUGAUCAGAAUUUGGGCACUUGGCAGCCGGCAUGGUUUACAAUGGUUGCAGGAUCCUAGGGCCAUGCGAGCACCAUUUGCGACCUUCCUACCCAGCUUCCAACAAGCAAAUCAAUGCAGGAAGCCUGGUUUGCUUUAUGACUGCAUGACUCACUUAACAACUGCAGCAAUUUGCUUAACAACAUGGUUAAAAAAAGCUAAUAAAAUCUGGCGCAACUCACUUAACUGCCUUGCUUAGCCAUGGAAAUUCUGGUCCCAGAUUCUGGUCAUAAGUUGAGGACUACCUGAACAUCCCCCGGAGAGUAGGUAUUUGUCUUGUUUCUUAUUCUAUUGAAAGAUCACUGAUUUCUGAAGGACUGUGAAGGACAUUGUCAUGUUUUGGUUGAAGGGUUGUUUUUAUUAUUUGCUUUCCAUAAGAUUGUAUAUUGCUGUAUUCCUCCUUCAGAGGAAUGGAGAGAGAUUUCAUCCUAGACCACUCCACGUUGAUCAUGGUCAAAUGAUCUCCUCCCCAUGUGGAACAUCUCAAUUUCUCCAUUCUUCUCUGGCUGUAUUCUUUGGUUUUUCUGUCCACCUUUAGCCCUCGUUAUGCAAGAUUGUGGCUUUUCUCUGUUCCUGGUUAUCUUUGCUUCCCCUGUCUGGAAUGAUAAUUUGUAGGUGUGAGGUCAGCUAUAUUUUUUAAAAGUUUAAUAGGAGCUGAAGGGUAAGGGGAAAAAUAGAAUCUUUAGAAUAACAGAGUUGGAAGGGAUCUUGGAGGUCUUCUAGUCCAACCCCCUGCUUAGGCAGGAAACCCUACACCAUUUCAGACAAAUGGUUAUCCAACAUCUUCUUAAAAACAUCCAGUGUUGGAGCAUUCACAAUUUCUGGAGGCAAGUUGUUCCACUGAUUAAUUGUUCUAACUCUCAGGGAAUUUCUCCUUAGUUCUAAGUUGCUUCUCUCCUUGAUUAGUUUCCACCCAUUGCUUCUUGUCCUGCCCUCAGGUGCUUUGGAGAAUAGCUUGACUCCCUCUUCUUUGUGGCAGCCCCUGAGAUAUUGCAACACUGCUAUCAUGUCUCCCCUAGUCCUUCUCUUCAUUAAACUAGACAUACCCAGUUCCUGCAACCGUUCUUCAUAUGUUUUAGCCUCCAGUCACCUAAUCAUCUUUGUUGCUCUUCUCUGCCCUCUUUCUAGAGUCUAGUCAAGAUCUCAGCACUGGAAAGCACAGGUUGAUUCCCCCACCUUGUAUUUCAUUUGCCUAAUGAUGAACUUUCCUGUCUUUUGGUUAGAGUGGGAAUAAGCAACAAUAAAAAGUAUCCUCUGAGAUCAGAAAUUAAACUAGCACUUUCUUAAGGCUUGAAUGGAAGCUUCCAACAAAGCAAUAUUCAUAUAUGUAUCUCAUACUUGUAUUCCCCAAGACAUAAAUAAACAUCAGGAAAGAAUCAUAUACAUACAAGAUCAGAGCUUGUUUGGAGAUGAAGGUCCUCCCAAUGUAACACUUUCCAAGGCUUGCAGCGUUACCAUGGAAUAGUUUGAUGGCACAAUACAAUUUUUUGUAUCAGUUAUAUAAUGAACAAUUGCCAAUGCAUUCUAUAUUAAAAAAUUCAGCAAGUUUUCUCACUUAGCUAAAGUUUGCUGCAGUGUUAUCUUUUCUCUUCUACAACACCAAAUAUAGUACAUAGUACGGUACAUUUUUCUGAAAAUGAUAACCUUUUGUAAUAAAAGAAAAUUCUUAACUCUUCAAGGUUGUGUGUUUGGAGAUGAAACAGGAAAUACCUUUCCUGAUCUCAUCAAUAAAGUAGAAUUAACCUGCUUUUAUUUUUGUGGAUGCGUAGUGGGUUCCCUCCCUUUUCUUUUUCUCUCUUCACACUAGAUAAAUCUGUUUCAAAAUAAAUUGUGGCAUAUGCAUUUAGGAAACCAGGCAACUAUACAUUUGAGCAUUGAAUUCAGAUUUCUUUGCACGGAAUACAGAUUGUGUAAAUAAUGUUUGGCUCCACUAUAGGAUGUUCUCUAUUAGACAUGCAACGGAAUUUCUGCUAGAAAUAUAGUGUGUGACAGUGAUUCUGUUCAGGCUCAAGGACUACUUAGGCACCAAAGAUUUAAUAACCUCCUUGACCUGUGACUGUUCAGUGUGAGGAGAGUCAUUCACAGGCCUUUUCCUCUUGAAAACGUUUUGUGGUGGUAAAUUGUACAGUAUUACAAUAAGAUGCACUGGGGAGACUUUUCACCUGGUGCAUUGUACAUUGUAGCCUCAUAAGAAUGUUGUAUUAUUCUUUUUGCCAAUAAAUUAACUCUAAGGUGAGAAUCAUAUAUGAUGAGGUUUGUAGGAGCUGCAUCUAGUCUGGUCCUAGCUAUUGGGCUGGGGUGAUGUGUGAAUGUGUAUACUUUGGGGGCAUGGAUCAAGGAAGACGGAAGGAGGCUGGCUUAUAAUUGGCAAGUAUUAGCUAGGUUUCCAGUUUAUUUUCCUUUGAAACAAAGCAAAAUUUCUUUGGUUUUCUUUAAGAAGCUUGGGAAAACAGGCAAAGUAUGAAAUUAGAUUACCUGGGAAGUAAAGCUGAUCUAGUCUGCUUCAUUAGCAUGAGCGAGGGGGAAAAAGAUAAUGUUUAUUUUUUGCUGUUUCUGAGGUGAAGCAGGAAACUCUUAAUGGUAGAGGUUUUUUGGAAGGACAUCUUUUGAGAUUCUGAGAUUAGGAAAUUAAUUUGUAGGAAUUAGCCGAAAAGUAUUUGGAGUGGCUGGUAUUUGAAGUUCAGGACUCACUUCGAUGGGUAUCUAGCUUUGGAUCUUGGAGAUGUUACCUUUCUGUUAAUCUCGCUAGUUUGCCUUCCAAGAAAGUAAGCACCGGGUUUCAAAUGUAGAAAUAAAUCAGACGUCUAGUUUGGAAUUCAGAUCCCAGAUUUGAGUUUAUACACAAGUUCUAGUUCUAAUCCAAUUAUUCAUCUAUAUGUUUACUCAAUCAGUGACAAUAUCUAGCUAUACGUCUUCAGGAACUGUAUACAUACAUCAUCCUUUCCUAGUUGUUUCUUGUCAGCACAUUGGCAUAUGGAGAUAUACUGCCUCUGAAGUUUAGUCUUCAUUUAGCUGCUCCUAUUGAUACAGGAGGCUUCCAUGCGCCAAUUUAAAAUCAGAACCAGUGAAAUUGAGAUAAAGUGUAGGGGUAGCAGUGAUUCGUCAUUGAAGAGGGUUUACUUUCAUUUGGGGAGGAAGGAGAAACACAUUUGCUGUGUAAUAUUAUGCUGCUUCCAUUUUUCCCCCCAAUUCAUGUGUUUAGUGAUAUUUGUUUCCCUUUUGCUUCAGUUACCAUUAAUAACAUCGGUUCUAUUUAUAUAAGCUUCUGAUCUAGCUAGAUGAAAUUAUUGAAAGCUGGAAGGUGCUUAUGCAGGCUCCAGAGGCAACAGCUCUUUGCUCAUCGCAGCUAAAUACUUUCAAUGAUCCUACAGUGUGUGCGUUUGCACACAUAUGUACAUGUACAUGCAUGCAUAUAUGCGCCUGCAAUUUACCACACAUUGUAAAUAUAACAGCUCCCCUAGCUUUGGAUAUGGAACGUAUCGUAUCGGGGACCCAGUGAAAGUAAUUCAUGCUUGUUGAUCAGUGUUUGGGUUUAAAUGUUAGCCUCUAAAAACACUACUUUCAAUCUUUUGAAGCAGUGUCUUUUUCUCAUUUUCAUCCCCUUUCCUUUCCUCCACCCACAGAUAAUAUUUUAUCAGGUUUAUCAAACUACCUCUUUAUAAGCAGCAUUCAUUUGGGAAUCAAUUCACAAACUGUGGUUCCGGUCAUGAAUUGUAACCCUGCUGUCAAAAGAUGCCCCUUCGAAUGUAUACUUUUGUAUAUCUGGUAGAGAGCACAAAACAUCAAAAAGGCACAAUCCAACCCCUGUCCACUGUUAGAUGAGGGUUUCUGAUCUCUAACAGAACAUUCCCUGAGCAAAUUGAAGAUUUAUAAGUGUUUCAUCCUCUUCCGUUGUCUUCUGGAGAAUCAACCUUCUGCAAGAGGUGGUGGCAAUGGGAUCUGGGGUGGGAAAGCCCCUUUCUUCCCUCUAGCUUUUGAAUGGAAUUCUGCUUGGGAGAUUCAGUUCAGCAUAUUAGCUUCAUGCAUGAGGACUCUAUUAGUUAAUUCUGCUAGAUUAUAUGUCUUCAACCUGCUUUUUUUCUCUUUCAAUAGACCACUGGCUUUCCAAAUGCUUGGGAAGAACUCCGUAGACUAUAAAAAUUAACCAAUCUUCUCUUAAAAUCCAAGCUCAGGCUUUGCUGUACAGGUAGUCCUCGACUUACAACAGUUUGUUUAGUGAAUGUUCAAAGUUACAACGGCACUGAAAAAUAUGACUUAUGACCGUUUUUCAUAGUUACGACCUUUGCCGCAUCGCUGUGGUCACGUGACCAAAGUUCAGAUGCUUGGCAACUGGUUCAUAUUUACGACGGUUGCAGUGUCCCAGGAUCAUAUGAUCCCCUUUUGUGACCGUCUGAUCAGCAAAGUCAAUGGGGAAGCCAGAUUCACUUAACAACCAGUUUACUGACUUAUCCACUGCAGCGAUUCAUUUAACAGCUAUGGCAAGAAAAGUCAUAAAGUCAUGGGGCAAAACUCACUUAACAAAUGUCUCACUCAGCAACAGAAAUUCUGAGGUCAAUUGCGGUCAUAAGUUGAGGACCACCUGUAAUGUAAAAGUUAAGCUUGUCCACAACUUUACAUGUUCCUUGGCAAAAGCCAGCUACGGAGAAACCUGAGCUGUGUCCUUAGAUUAUUUUUUCCCCACUCAUUCAUGCAGGAGAGUAAGGAAGCCCAACAGAAUUCUGUGUGAAUGAACAAUGUGGUUUUAGAACUUGGAUUCUCCCAAUCCAGAAGUGUCUCCCAUUAAUGCAUCACUAGAAACAGAAUCUGGUGGCCAUAACCCAUAAAAGCCAUUGUAGGAGAUAAGGGAAGCUGAUAGUUAGUAAAUCAGGAUAAAUGUCCAGACAGCCAUCAUCAACGUCGUCAGACUGCAACUUCUAAUGGCCCUGGAUAUACGAAGUUCUACAGCGUUGGUAAAGAUUGUUCAGUUUUUAUAACAGGAAUUGGUCAUAAGCAGCAGGCACAGUCUCUUCAUAUCAUUUUAGUGCCUUCCCUGCAAACUUAUCUCCUAGAUAACAAUGCAAUAUACCUCAGGAAAAUUGCUUAUUUUGUCCUUUUUUUUUUUUUUUUUGUUUCCUCCAAAAAGUGGUACUGGAAUUUUGAAGAGGUUUUUUGUUUUUUCUAAAUCGUCUUUGACUUUGUACAUCCUCUGUAACCAUUUCUACCUCAUUUUGCAACAUAUUGUACAUGAAAGUAUUUAAUUCAUGUCUUAUUAAUGUCUGAAAAGAAAUGCGUUUGAACUGUAAUGGUCUACCUCAGAAAAUACUGUUAUUUUAAAAAGAAAAAUAUUUCACAGUAUUAAAGAGAUUACAAGGAAUGAAAAGGU